AACACCGGGUUUGAAAUUUAGACCAACUAAUACAACUAGUGAUUAGCAUGAAGCUUGAAGCAGUCACAUGACGCGUACAUUUAUAAAGCAGUCGAGUAAUUAUAUUUUGUUUCUUUAUAUCCCUUGGAAGCUGGGGUCUUUUAUUCAUCCCAACAAAGAAACAAAAAUGGCUGAAGUGGCAGUUGCGUCGGCGUUGAGUGUAGUCCAGAUCAUUAUUCCUUUCCUCACCAAAUCCAAUCUCACUUUGAAUGUGAAGAAAGAUGAUAUCGAGAGCAUGAAAAGGUGGCUUAGAUCGAUGCAGGCUUUCAUGGAAGACAACUGUGGGCGUGAAGGGAGCAAGAGGCAGCUAGAUCUCGUCGACAAAGUUAGGAAAAUCGCCUACGACAUCGAAGAUGUCGUUGACGACUUCAUCCUUCACUCGCCGCUCUACACCUUUCACCAUUACACCAUCACUCGCAAGAUUCACGGCGCCCUCCACGACAUCUACCAUCAGUUUCCGCUACGCAGAGUCUCGGAGAAAAUAGCAAGCAUCAGAAAGGAAAUAGAAGAAAUCAUGUCACAGAGCGCUUUCAAUUCCAUUAAUCCAGCUGCAUCCUCAUCAUCAAGCUCAACAAACAGAUCUAGAGUGAGUCCUCUUCUCCUCGACGAUGAGAUGGUUGGCUAUGAAAACCCAAAGAAAGAAUGUAUGAGGAGAUUGGUCGAUGGAGAAAAGAGGCUACUCACACUAGCCCUAGCUGGUCCUGCUGGUUCUGGGAAGACUACGUUGGCCAAAAAUGUUUUCUGGAAACCACAAAUUCAGAGACAAUUUGAUUGCCAUGCUUGGGUAUGCGUGUCUCACCACCCUGAUAUUGACAACAUAUUACAGAAUCUGCUGAAACUGCUGUGCAGCUCCAGGAAGGAAGCGUAUCCAGCUGAUGAUGGCUCUACUUUGCAAACACGGCUGCAGAGAUACCUCGCCGGGAAGAGGUACCUAGUUGUUCUUCAUGAUAUUUGGAAAGACCAAGAUUGGAUGGAUCUCAAGGAUGCACUCCCCGAUUCAAAACGUGGCAGCAGAAUACUUAUCACCACUACCUACUCAAAUCUCUCAUCCAUUGACCAUGUAUGCAGCUUACCCGGUCUAGAAUCAUUAGACGCGUGGAAACUCUUCUGCCGAAGGGCCUUCCCCAACGGGGAAUGCCCUGCAGAGUUGAAAGAGAUUUCCUCCAAAAUUAUGACAAGAUGCGAAGGGCUACCCCUUGCGAUUGUGGCAGCAGCUGACGCCCUCGCGCAGAAACCGCAGAGUCUGUAUGAGUGGGACAGAUUUCACUCUGAACUUGGAAGUGGAAGCCGGAGCAGCCCCAGCCUUUUUCACAUCAACAACGCUCUUCAGCGCAGCUACAUGGACCUGUCUAGCAGCCUCAAGUGUUGCUUCUUGUACAUGAGCAUUUUCCCUGAGGAUCACUCUGUGGAGCGUGGCAGGCUUAUACGUCUCUGGGUGGCUGAACGCUUUGCAGUGGCCACCGAUGACCAGACUGCUGAGGAAGUUGCAGAGGACUAUCUCAAUCAACUCAUUCAGAGGAACUUGCUUGAUGUUUGCAGCUGGGAUAUUGAUGGUCGUCGACCUAGAAAUUGUCGGGUCCUCAACCUCGUGCUCAAGUUCAUCAUCCAAAAAUGCAAGGACGAAAGUUUUGCAUCAAUUUUUCCCAAAGACAAUACAAAUCAAAAUCAAAACCACAAGAUUCGGCGUCUGUCUGUCCACGAUAGCUGCCAGCUUUUCAAGGAGGACGGUGAUCACUAUGCUAGUAUCCGUUCCAUGUUUCUGUUGAGGGAGCUUAAUCCCUCAAAUUUUGAGAAAAAUCUGCAAAAGCUUAAGUUGAUCAAAGUCGUAGAUGUGCAAGGUGCGCCUCUCACAAAAUUUCCCAAUGAAAUCACCCGUUUCACCCUUAUGAGGUAUCUGAGUUUUAGAGACACCAAAAUAGAGUCUAUUCCCAAAUCCAUAGAGAGACUCUCUUACCUUGAAACCUUGGACCUGAAACAAACCGGUGUGACAGAGCUUCCGCAAGAAAUAUCCAACUUGCACAACCUCUGUCACCUCUUGGUCUACAAAUACAACGUAGCAUUCGACUCCAUCCAAGGUGUCAAGUUGCACGAGGGAAUCAGCAAAUUAACAAAGCUACAAAAUUUGUCCCUGCUGAAGGUCGGCCCAAAUGGUAAAAUCCUGAAAGACUUGAAAGCAUUGACCCAACUAAGGAAGCUAGGAGUGACGGGGCUCAAAAGAGAACACGGCAAACAUCUAUGGGCUGCUGUUGAAUUGAUCAAGUGUCUGAAAACUCUUGACAUAACCUCAGAUGCAAAGGAUGAAUACAUUAAAAUGGAGGAGGAGAUGCAGAAUCCUCCCAAGACACUUGAACGUCUAUAUCUGAGAGGGCGCUUGAAAAGGAUGCCGAGAUGGAUCGGCAGACUGGAUAAUCUGCUGAAGAUUGUUUUGAAGUGGUCUCAACUGAGCGAGAGCCCUUUGAAGACUCUGAAACGUCUCCCAAAUCUGAUGGACCUUCAGCUGGUUGAUAGUUUUACUGGGGAAGACUUGAUAUUUAAAGCUUCAGGUUUCCAGAAGCUCAAGAAUCUGGUGAUAGAGGAUUUCGCUCAUCUGCAUAUGAUCAAGAUUGAGAAUGGAGCGAUGCCUGGGCUUAAGCAGUUAUCGCUUCGUAGAUGCCCUCAUAUUGUGACGAUGGUGUUGGGAGUAGAAAGUCUCAGCAAGGUUGAAGAGCUGACUCUAUACGACAUGGCUGAGGAGUUGGUAGCUCGACUUAGCAUCAAUGGCGAAGAUCGCGAUUGGGUUAAACACAUUCAUCUCAUUCAUUCAUACACUUUCAAAAAUCACAUUUGGUCGCUUCACAAUCUCUCUGAUCCUGUUUCUUUCUCACAUUGAACCAAAACAUUGCUCACUAUGUUUCCUUCAACUAUGGAAGGAAGAAUCACCCACAUAUACUCUGUGCUUCGACUUUAAGCCCUAUGGAAGGAGGAGUCGACGUCUUUGCAGUUCCAGCUGAUAAUUACCAACCCUCUCCGCGUCAGCUGAAUUCGCCAACUAAUUUGUGAGUUGCAGUUGUGUUGAUGAGUUGAAUCCGGUUUCUGGAUUUGUAAUUUAUCAUUUCUUUUUUGUUUUUUUAUUGAUGGAUCGGAAUUUACUUUGUUGCUCGCUGAAUUACGUGUAAACUUUUGUACGAUUGGUAUUUGGUAGUCUAAGCUGAUUUGCAAUCCACUUUUGUGUUCGGCUGGUGAUAUUUGAUAGGAGGUCGGAAUGGCCCUCCUAAUUUAUACUAAUAGAAAAAGUGUUUCGGGUGAUUGCUUA